CCGGUUCACACCAACUGCGAGGCAGAGCGGCGUUACGCUACCAGUGAAUCCUCCCUCUGCCCUCUUCCAGCGGUGGAGAGCAUUCAACUUUCUGAACGGCUGCAUGAGUCGCACCUGAGGGUACCGCAUCUCCGGCACGCCAGAGAGAUGAACUGAGGACACAGGAGAGAGAGACAGCGCGCUCGUUUCUUGAGGACGUCCGAGAUUCACAGUGAAACCAUGAGGUUGCAGGGGAGCCUGGGAUUGGUUGCCGUGCUGGGCGUGAUCACCUGUAUUUGUGCCUUUCAUACGACUGCAGCCAUCGACAUCCCACUGGAGGUUGAGCAGCUGCCCACCAUCACAGCUCAGUCGCCCAGCUCACUCAUCGCCUUCCCUUUUGACGAGAGCUUCCCCAUGACGUGCGAAGCCAAAGGGAACCCCGAGCCAGAGUUCAGGUGGACAAAGAAUGGCCAGGAAUUCGACCCCUUUCCAGACCCCCGGCUGAUGAAAGAGGAGAAUUCUGGGACCUUUGUGAUACCCAAUAAUGGGAACCUUACAGAGUACCAGGGAACCUAUCGCUGUUACGCCUCAAACAAACUGGGGACCGCCAUAUCGACGGAGAUUGAGUUCAUUGUGCCCAAUGUUCCAAAGUUUCCAAAAGAGACACUAGAUCCUGUUGUGGUGGAGGAAGGCCAGCCUUUUAUUUUAGAAUGCAACCCACCUAAAGGAAUUCCUCCUCUGCAAAUCUACUGGAUGACUAUCAAUCUUCAGCACAUAGAGCAGGAUGAGAGGGUGUCUAUGGGCCUGAAUGGAGACCUUUACUUCUCUCACGCUGUGGAGAAGGACAGCAGGAGAGACUACUGCUGCUUCGCCGCCUUCCCGAGAAUACGAACCAUCGUCCAGAAGACCGCCAUGUCUGUCGUCGUUAAGACAAAAAAAAGCGACACGAGUCCUGAAACUGCUAAUGCAAUCCUACAGAGAAGACCCUCUCUUCUGACGCCCUCUAGUGGCAAAUCAGAGACACAUAUGGUCACAGGAGAGAAUUUGAAGUUGGAGUGUAUUGCAGAGGGAUUUCCAACUCCACAGGUUGAGUGGGUGAAGAUGGGUCACCGACUUCCAGUUAAAGCAAAGCUGGAGAAUCAUGGGAAAUUGCUGAUUGUGCCGAGAGUUGAACAGGAAGACAGUGGGAAGUACAUGUGCAAGGCAAAGAACGCGCUCGGAGAAGCUAUACAUUACUUCACAGUGAUAGUAGAAGAGCCUCCAGAGUGGGUGUUUGAGCCUGAGAGUCAGCUCAGCAUGAUUGGCUCAGACGUGCCCAUCAAGUGCUCCGCCACCGGGAACCCCCGGCCCACCGUGACAUGGAGAGUGAACGGCCGACCGCUGCAGGAGGCCCCGGCUGCCAACAGGAAGGUGCUGGGCGACACCAUAGUUUUGCACAAUGCCAAAGCAUCCGACAGCGCAGUCUAUCAGUGUGAGGCCACCAACAAACAUGGGACCCUUCUGUCCAACGCAAACAUCAUGAUUAUGAAUCUGCCCCCCAUGAUUUUGACCGCGGCGAUGGAAGAUUACUCUGCUGUGGAGGGGAAGGGAGUGAUGAUGCACUGCAAGGUCUUCAGCUCUCCUCCUUCUACUAUCAUCUGGAGCAAAGACGACUCCUCCGAAUCCGUGGAGGGGCCGAGGUUCACCCUUCACGACAACGGGUCUCUGGAGAUCUACAGCGUAGAGAAAGACGACGCGGGGCAGUACACGUGUUUAGCUAAAAACAUAGAGGGAUCAUCCGCCAUCAACGCCAUGCUCUACGUGAGAGAUCCCACCAGAAUAGUCGUGCCCCCAGAGGACCUGAGGAUCUUAAUAGGUACCACGGCCCAGCUCUCAUGCCUCGCGGAGUACGACAAGUCCUUCAGCAACGACUUUGAGCUCCUGUGGGAAAAAGAUGAUAUGGAGAUAGCCCUCAACUACACCGAGAAUUCAAGACACUUUGUGGAGGAUGGUAUUCUUCAGAUUAUCAAUGUAAGCCACAGGGACCAGGGUGUGUACACGUGUGUGGCGAGAACUCCGGUGGACCGAGACACGGCCUCAGUGCUGCUCGUGGUGCUAGAUGUCCCCGAUGCACCUGAGCACUUGGCACUGUCUGAACACGAGAGCAAAAGUGUGAAGCUGAAAUGGAUCCCUGGAGAUGAUCACAACAGCUCGACCACAGAGUUUAUUAUCGAGUACGAGGAAAGCCAGUGGGAGCCAGGAAACUGGAAGGAGCUGCUCCGAGUACCUGGGAACCACAACCAGGCCGUCCUCAAACUCCACGGCCACGUCGACUAUCGCUUCCGGGUGUCUGCUGUUAACACUGUAGGGAGGGGUCCUUCCAGCGAGCCCACGCAGAGAUACAAAACCCCCGCGGCAGCUCCUGACAGGAACCCUGAAAAUAUCAAAAUAGAAGGUCAUUUACCACAUGAAAUGGAUAUUAACUGGGAGCCCUUGUUACCCAUUGAGCACAAUGGUCCCGGUCUGGAGUAUAAGGUGAGUUACAGGAGACAGGACGUGGAGGAGGACUGGAAGGAACAUACGGUGAAGAGACACUCGUUCGUGGUGAAGAAUACUCCCACCUUUGUGCCCUAUGAGAUCAAGAUCCAAGCCAGGAACCACCAGGGCUGGGGCCCCGAGCCCGAGAUAGUGAGAGGCUACUCAGGAGAGGACUUUCCCUCUGCUGCACCCGAUGAUGUAGCCGUGGAGGUGAUGAACAGCUCAGUGGUCAAGGUUAGCUGGACGCGUGUACGCAAGGACAAGUUACAUGGACAUCUGGGAGGCUACAGGAUAAGCUGGUGGCGUCUGCGCAGUCUGGCGGACUCGAAGAAAAGCCACGGAGACAAACGCACUCUAAUGUUCCCCGGGGACCGGAACCACGCCACGGUGCCGGGACUGACACCCUUCUCUGAGUACAGCCUCAUCGUCAUGACCUUCAACGGGCGGGGCAACGGCCCGGGCAGCCAUCCCGUCAACUUCAAAACCCCAGAGGGAGUCCCGGAGAAAAAUCCUGUUUUCAGGGUCACAGAUGUACAGAGGCACACUGUCUCUCUUGUCUGGGACCCGCCGUUGGAGCCUAAUGGGAUUCUCACCGGGUACCUCCUCGAGUAUCAGCUCAUCAACGACACCGAGGAAGUGGGGCCGCUGCGGACGGUAGACAUCAGCAGCCCCGACACCACCAACUGGAUCCUGCGCGACUUGGAGCCUGUGAGCAAAUACAAGUUCUACCUGCGCUCCUGCACCACGGUGGGCUGCGGGCCCGUUGUCAGCGAGGAGUGCACCACUACCCUAGAAACAAGUCUGGCCAGCAUCCACGGAGGAAUAUCCACCCAGGGCUGGUUUAUCGGCCUGAUGUGUGCCAUCGCUCUCCUCACACUCAUUGUGUUGAUCGCCUGCUUUGUCAACAGAAAUAAAGGAGGAAAGUAUUCAGUAAAAGAGAAAGAGGACCUCCACCCAGACGUGGAGUCCCAGGGCAUGAAUGACGACACAUUUUGUGAAUACAGCGACAACGACGAGAAGCCACUGAACGGCAGCCAGCACUCGCUGAGCAGAGAGAUCAAAGCGGGGGACAGCGGGGACAGCCUGGUGGACUACGGCGACGAGGACGUUCAGUUCAACGAGGACGGCUCCUUCAUCGGCGAGUAUGCCGGGCGAAAGGAGAAGAGGGUGUCCGCUGAGAUCAAAGCCGCCGUUCAGACCCCAGCAUGAGGAGCGGAACCGCCGCCCGUCGUCCCCUGGACACCGUUUUCAUUAAACCUGCUGGGAGGAACAAACGAAAGAGGAAACGAACAUUAUCCAUACCGAGCACAAGUUUGGUGUCAAAUGUAAUGCGUCAUUGCCACUUGCACACUGCCACUCUCAUUUUAUAAAGCUCUGUUUUGUCAGGUUGCAGCAGAAUGACCAUUACUAAAUACUGUGUAUAUAUAGUGUAUAUUGUGUGUGCUGAGUGUCUUUUUUUUAUAAUUAUUAUUACACAAAAAAUGUAGAGGGCUUGGUUUUCUCUGAUUUUUAUCUCCAUUUCUUCAGUUGCAGUACUGUUUGUACAAAUGUUUCACUCUCCAUUGCACAUCAUUGUGUGCAGCUUUGCCUCCGAUGUCGUCUUGUAGCAGACCUCAGAUAAGUGGGGAUAUCAAGUUGAUAUUUUUCAAUUGCAGCAAAGAUUACUGACCUUUUAUAUUUGAAAUGGAUUCAUUAAAUAUGAUGUAAGAUGUGUAUAAAAGUUGCCUAUUAACUUAUUUUUUUCCAGUGGUUUUCUACCUGACAAAAUAACAAGGGCAUUUACAUACUGUAUCCUGACAUAUCAUAAACUCUGAGUGUGAGUCAUGAGUCACCCUGUGAAGUUAGAAGAAAAUAUAAUUUAGUUCUUGUGUCUUGUUUAGCAUUUAGAUUCAUUGGACAGUAUAAACCACAAACCUCAGUCUGUGCUCACUAUAGCUGCCCAUUACACAUCACUGCCACAACAUCUGGAAGAGAUUUUCAAAAAUGUAAUCCAUUACACUUAACCAUUAUGAUUCAAACUUCAAUCAAUCCAGUUUAUAGACAAAGUAUUUUACAAGGCUGCUGUAUGAUGUUUCUCUGAAAACAUGAGUUAUACUGCACACUAUAUAACGUCAGUGGACUUAUGCAGAGACAUGUUAGACAAAAAGGUUGUAAAAAUUGAAGCAGUCCUAAUGUUGUCAUCAAAUUCCACGCCCCCAGUUUUGUAAUGCAGUAAUUUGCAGUCUUAAAGCCCAAAUUAAGACCUUGGUGACAUCACACUGACAUCAUCAGGGUUAUUCUUUCAGACUUGACAAAGCUCCUCCAGAGCCACAGAACAUUAUACAAUGUCAUUUGUACACUGACUCAUACUGUCGGAAUGAUUUCAAUGUGUGAAUCGGUGGAGCGCCCCUUUAAGAAGAAAGUGCACAGUACCUGUAAUGGAUGUCUUUUUUUGUAAUCACAUUUCUGUAAUUUGGUUGCAUGACAUUUGCCCUUCUUCCUACCCUGCUGAGAUACAACAUACUGUAGUCACUGUUCCAUCAGUCUAAGCCAGCCUUACUCUGUUACUUUCAAUGCACUGCCAUUCAAAACACAGUCAUCAUGUGGUUCUGCAUUAACAGUAGCACCAUAUUCAGAAAAAUUGCAAUGUUUUGUAAAGGAAAUCGCUCAUUGCAU